AUGGACGCGGAGAGCCAGCUGCGACGUUUGCGCAAAAACGUUGAGGAGCAAAGCCAGGAGAUUGCCAGGCUCACCUCGGAACUUGGUCAGCAGAGCCGCCUCGUGAAGUUACUGGAUGAGAACCUUCAGCAGACUUCGCAGCAGACAUUUGCCUUGGAGUACCGCCUUUCCAACUUGGAACAUGAGCGUGAGACAAACCAGCGCUCUACAAGAAUGGCAUUUGAAUCCUUGGGAGCCAGAGUUACAGAGCUCGGCAUCGAGGUAGCUGAACUGCCGACAGCAAAGGAAAUGAAGGACACCUGGCGCCAGCUGGAGCAGUCCGUCACUUCCCUGGAACAUCAGCUUCGGCAAGACAUGGACGGCCGCCUGGAGGCGCUUAACGUUGAGCUGAAGGGAUUGGGAGGCCGCCACGAGGAUGUGCACUCUGGUCUGCGCAAGGAUGCCGGUGAGAUUCGACAAGACUUGGAUGGGUGUCGGCAAGACAUUGCCUCUUUGCUGAGACACCUCUGGGGCGAUGAGCUGCCAGCUCGGGCGGUGUGCUUGGAUGAGAGGCUAGACAAGCCACAGGUGCCUGCAUGUCAGCAGAUGCAGGAGCAGAUGGAGCCGAGAACACUACAGACACCGACAGAGCCGACAACACUACAAUGCCAGAACCAGUACCGGGCUGCACCUGCAGGCACUGCAGGUGUGCCCUUGGUCCCGCGGCUAAAGCAGGCAGAAGACAGGCUUUCAGCAAUGGACGGAAGCAGAAAGGCCGACUAUGAGAACUUGCUGCAGAGACUUGAGCUGAAGGCUGAUUCGGAGGAGAUGACCAAGUGCUUGGCAACCAAAUCAGACAUUUCGCACACUCACGAUCGACUCAUUUCGGCAGAUGGUUCUGCAACCUUUGCACUCUGA